CCCGGGGGCGGGGCGGAGCCUUCCGAAACGUCCUGCCUGUGUCCUACAGGGUACAGUUCAUUUUAGGAGAGAUUCCUGGGUUCCCUUUUAAAGUAGGACUUCUGCCCCGUACAUGAGGUACGACUCUGCCCUCCGUCCCCUCUGUGGUCCCCUCAGUGUAAGCCGGCAGAUGGUCUAGUCCAGGGCCGCCCGUGGACCGCAGCGAGACCCGAGAACGAAAGGCAGGCCGCGCACGCAUGCGCAGAGGCUCAGCAUGGGGGCGGGAGCCGCUAAGCCCCUUCCCCGCCGCUGUGAAGAUCAUUGCUAGGAGGAACUCUGGGUACAAUUAUGAACACAGUGUGUGUAAUAAUGGCUCACAUCUUAAGAUCUCAUCUGAUAAAUGCUUCAAUGGUACCGAAUCGAAUGAAAAUGCCUCCAUAUCUUGGUGUCAUUAGAAACAGAAUGAUGUCAACUCAGAAAUCCAAAAAGAAGAUGAGAGACUAUUACAGGCUGCUGAAUCUGGAUGAAGGAUGCUCUGCAGAUGAUGUCAGGGAAGCUUUUCAUAAGCUUGCCAAGCAAUACCACCCAGACGGUGGUUCUAGUACAGCGGAUUCAGCAACAUUUAUACAGAUCGAAGAAGCUUAUAGGAAGGUGCUUUCUCAUGUGGUAGCACAAGCAAAUGCCGGACAGAAUAAAGUUGAAGAAGCAGAGGAAGAGGAAGAAAAGUUCAAAUAUAAAACACCCCAACACCGACAUUAUUUAAGUUUUGAAGGUAUUGGUUUCGGAAGUCCCAGUCAACGAGAGAAGCAAUAUAGGCAAUUUAGAGCAGACCGUGCAACUGAACAAGUGAUGGAAUAUCAGAAGCAGAAACUACAAAGCCAGUAUUUCAUUGAUAGCGUAAUUGUUAAAGAUGUAAGACAGAGUAAAGAACAAAAGAUAACUCAGGCUAUUGAGCGUUUAGUAGAGGAUCUCAUUCAGGAAUCAAUGGCCAAAGGAGACUUUGACAAUCUCAGUGGGAAGGGAAAACCUCUAAAAAAAUUUUCUGGCUGUUCAUAUAUUGAUCCCAUGACUCACAACCUGAACAGAAUAUUGAUAGAUAAUGGAUACCAACCAGAAUGGAUCCUCAUGCAAAAGGAAAUAAAGGAUACUAUCGAUCAACUCAGAGAGGCAAUUUUAGUGUCAAGGAAAAAACUUGGGAAUCCAAUGACACCAACUGAACAGAAACAGUGGAACCGAGUUUGUGAGCAGUUUCACGAAAACAUCAGGAAACUGAACAAGCGAAUUAAUGAUUUUAAUUUAAUUGUUCCCCUCCUGAGCAGGCAAAAAGUCCAUUUUGAUGCACAGAAAGAAAUUGCCAGAGCCCAGGAAAUAUAUGAAGCCCUUAUAAAAACAAAAGAAGUCACAGAUAAAAACCCAAACAACACUGAUCAGGGAGAAGGGGAGAAAAUACCUGGCGUCAAGACAGGCUUUUUUAACUGGAUGAAUGUGUGGAAAUUUAUUAAAAUCUGACCAUUUAAAUAUC